AUGGAAAUUAAGUGUGAAUAUAAUUUAUAGUAAUUGUUCAACAAAGAAAAUGUAAGCACAGGACUCAAAGUAAUACUAUUUUUUGCAGACAAUAUAAACGAUCAGGCUAUAGAUAUCAUAAAAUAGUGUUGCAAUAAGAUGCUACAAACAUAACAUAAACAACUUGUUUUUGACAUAUUCUACAUCCUUUAUGGUCUGUUUAUAAAGGAGAACUUUUUAGGGCCCUCUUAUCACUAUGAAAAUGCAGAUAAAAAGCUAUUUAUUGAAAAUUUAUUAACUAAAUAAGUCAUUCCAAAAUGUUAAACAAAUCAAAUUAGUAAAGAAUAAUUAGAAGAAAUUGGUUUAAUCGAACUAUUGCCCCUUAUUAAUUAGAUUAGCAGAGUUUCAGAAUAUGAAAUCUAUCACUCCUAAGCAAAUUAAGAAUUUAUUCUAAAUAAAUUGCAAUGUUGUGGUGAACCUUUUAAGAGAGUGAUUUAGCUUAAACAUCUCUUUUUAGUUUGUAAACAAAUUCUUGAUUUGUUGCAUAAUACUAACCCAAUUUAUCAAUUAUGGUGGGCUAGACUAAAUUUCAUACAUAAUUAAUUUCUAGAUAAUCCUGUUUAAGAAUUAAAGGAUUAAAUUUUGACUUCGUUUUAAGAGUUCCUUGAUAAUUAUCCUGUCGAUUGCAAAGAGCAAGCUAAAUUAUAUACAGAGCUGUCUUAUAUUUACAAUUAUUAUUACAAAUAUCAAGAAGCAGAACUUUGUUUGUUAAAAGCAUAAUAAUUGCUAAAGGUUAGAUUUGAAUUAACAGGGAUAUUAGGAAAAAAAACUAAAUUUCAAGAGGAUAAACUGCCUUAAUUAGUUGCUUAAAUAAUCGAUUAGGAAAGUGUAGAAAAAGAAAGUAAAUAUAAAUCUCUAAUUUAAUUUAGUUCGGGAAUUGCCAAAAAAGUAAAUUUAGAGGAGGAAUCCAUUUUAUUUGAUAAGCCUGUUGUUGAUGGAGAAAUCAAAUAGGAUUCAUUGUCAUUGGAAGAACAAAUAGUUUUGUUGGGAUUGAUUCAUCAUUAUAAAAAGACUUUGCCAAAUGAUGAGAUACUUUAACAAUAAGUUUAAGCCUACUUAAAUUUGAUGCUUGAUAAAUCUAAUAGUUGGAUUGUUUAUUCAUAGGGUUUGUUGUUACGAUCUUUAAAUGAGUUUCAUCACCUAAAGAGAAUGGAAAGAGCCUUGAUUUAAAUGUAGACACUCGUCGAUUAAUUUAAUGAAAUUUAACCAGAUUCUGAUUUAAGAGCAUUGAAUUUAUUUUACUCAAACUAUCCUGAUUACUAUAACCUAAGCGGAAUUUUAGCUGAAUAAUGGAUGAAGGUUGGAAUGAUGUCAAGUGGUUAUGAGAUAUUUGCUAGAUUAGAAAUGUGGGAGGAAUGUAUUGAAUGUAUUGUAGGCACUGGUGAUACAUAGAGAGCACUCAAAGAAAUAGAGUAAAUAACUGCAAAAGGAUUUGGGACAGUGAAAAUGAAAUGCAUCACAGGAGAAAUUAAAUAGGAUCCUAAGAUUUUAAAAGAAGCCUGGAAGGAUUCCAAAAAGCGAUUUGCUAGGGCUUAAAGAUCCUUAGGGGAAUAUUACUUUUUUAAAGAAAAGAAUUAUGAAAAAUCUAUUAAAUCUUAUAGAAAAGCUGUUAAGAUAAAUUCAUAUCACUAAAAAUCAUGGUAUAUAAUGGGAUGUGCUUAUAUGAGAUUGAAUAAAUUGGAAGAGGCAAUAAAGUCAUUAGGCGAAGCAGUCAGAAUUAAUGAAAAUGAUGGGGAAAUUUGGGGAAACAUUUCAUCAUGCUUGGUUGCCUUGAAAAAGUUUAGUGAAGCACAAUCUGCUUUAGAAUAAGGAGUGAAAUAUGCUAGUACUGAUUGGAGACUCUGGAGUAAUUUGAUGGCUAUUUCUUUAAGAAAUAAAAAAUUUGUUAGAUUUUAUUCCUGCAUUGAAAAACUUGUCUAAUUAGAUCAUCGAGAAUUAAUUGAUGAAUAAAUAAUAUCAAAAAUCACAUAAACAUUCGCUUAUUAAACUGAUUAGUUGAAUUCGGAGAACAUCGCUUAAUCAAAUAUUAACAAAAAAAGAAUAUUGAAAUUGUAUGAACAUUUGGCUAAAGAAAUCGGAUAAAAAUACUAUAUUUGGGAAGGUCUAGCAAGGUACACAGAGUUGCUUAUAAUUUACGAUCAAAGAAUGGCAGAAUUAGAAAACAAACAAAUUCUAGACUUGCUGCCUUAUCAUAAUGAUAUUGUUUAGUACAGAUUGAAAAGCUGCUAGAUGCUUUAAAUUCUGAAUUGGGAAAGAGAUAUGUAAAUUUGUCAAACUUUGGUUAAAUAGUUGACUUCGUUGAAUUAAGAUGUCUAAAAAAUAAAAGAUGAGGAAACUAUAAAAAAUAUCACUCUGUAUAUAUCUUAACAAAAGAGUAGAUUAGAAACUAUUUUAGAAACAAAAAUUAACUUUUGA